ACCCGAGAAGAAGAAUAGGGAGCGCAACGCUCAAAGCAACAUCACGCCUCCUGAAUGCAGCGUCUCCAUGCUUCUCUCCACGCGAGUUACAAAGCUGCAAACAAAAGUUUGGUGCCUCCUGUCUUACUUGCUGAAGGUAAGGUAAAGGACUGCUUCAUGGGCCUAAACAGGCUCUUCCAGGGAUUUUGAGGAUAAACUGCAGCCUGCACUGGCUGUUAAAGAACAUUGUUCUUAUUGGUGAUUGAUAGCAGAGCUACCUCACCACAUAACUCUCUAAACCUCUGAGAAACAUUACCUUCCUUAUGUCUUAUCUCAUGUACAAUCCCUUUUCCCCUGGGACACAGAAUGCCUCCCAGGGGCAAACUGGCCUCUUCAGUGUGAAAACUGAGAGAGAUCCUUGGAGAACAACACCAAAUGUUGGACCUGAAUCCAGCUUUACCUUCCCUGGAGCGUCUCCUGGGACUCCUACCUCUUCUAAGGAAAGAGAAAUUAAGCCAUUCUCUUUGCCAAUUAGCAACUACAGGCCUGAAAACUAUCUGACAACUUCACAAAGUACCUUCAACGUUCCCCACAAAGAGGAGAUCAAACACCAACCUAUAGAUCAGGGUGCGUUAUUUACCAUCACCCAAAAAGAAACCUUAUCCACUUCAGCCCCAAAGAUGUCAGCUUCAUAUGGGCAUCAACUCUCGAGCACCAGCUGUAGCUCCUACAACUUUCUGCCAGACCACAAGAGUACGGCCGACGAUUUCUCGAAAUUGGCAUCAAAUGUGUCUGUUUAUGCCACUCGAGAAGAAGAUCAACCCAGUUACUUUGACUGUAAUCCACAAUUGGCUGGGAACAUUUUAGAAAAUUACGGACUGGAGAAAGCAGACCUGGACGAACUACUGAAUUACUCUGAAGAGCAGACUACUGCCGAGAACUUGCCCUACCUCUUACAAAGCAUUCGCAUGAAAAAGGCCACGAGGAGUGCACCUGGAGUUCGGUCUAACUCCGACUCUAUGACUCGACCCACUGCAAGCACAACAGGAGUAGAUGCAGUUAAUCUUGGAAAGCCAGGAAUAUUGCCGGACAAAAUGUCUUCAUCUACUCUUCUUCAUCCAGUGAAAACUAUUAAAAAUGAGGAAGCUGCUGCUGGUUCUGCAGAGGUAGAUGGUAGGAAUAUUCAGAGGAACUCUUUGCUGAUGGAUAAUUUUCAAAACAGCAGCAAAGAGGGGCCACUCCCAACUUUAAUUAAAAUAAAAAGUGGUGAUUUGGGUUCUUCAGGUGACCAGAAAGGGUCUUUUGUUGCCGUGCCGCCUCCAAAAAUCAAUCAAACUAGACUGCUUCAAACUCAACCGAACCAGGUGAGUGGAAUGACUCGAUCCAUUGGUUUUGGACAAACAAAAACACCCAAUAAUAACACAGAUAUGAUUAUUAAACCAGUUAAACAGUUUGACUGUGCAUAUACUGGAAAAUCUAUUACAGAUGUUGAGAAUACAUCUGUCAGGAACAUUCAGACUGCAACUGGGGUUGGUGGAAAGGAUAGCAAAGAAGCACCACAGCCAAGCGUGGCAGAGUUAAAGAACAGCAGUUUGGUUUCUCCAUAUGACCAGAGCGUAUUUGCUGCUGGUUUCAACCAACUGAAUGUUGUGGCCUUUCCAAAGAGGAAUGCAACUGGAAAACUGGAGACCCAGCAAAACCUUACGUCGCAGUCAGUUCCCCAACAUGAAACCAGAGAUGCUACAUCCAGUGGUGAAAAUAAAAUUCAAGGAUCAAAUAUGGCAGACUCAACGAUUAAUCUGCAAAUGCUACAGAAAACCAAUAUAAAGAAAAUUUUGCACAUUCUGAAGGAUUUGCAGCCUGAUGUGUCUUAUGCCGCAAAACCAGAUUCUCAAUCACCUUUCAUUCCCAAAAUGCCACAUGUUGAGAAUACAUCUGUCAGGAACGUUCACAAUGCAGCUGGGGUUGGUGGAAAGGAUGGCAAAGAAGCACCACAGCUAAGCUGGUCAGAGUUAAAGAACAGCAGUUUGGUUUCUUCAUAUGACCAGAAAGUAUCUGCUGCUGGUUUCAACCAACUGAAUGUUGUGGCCUUUCCAAAGAGGAAUGCAGCUGAAAAACUGGAGACCCAGCAAAACCAUUCAUCCCAGUCAGUUCCCCAACAUGAAACCAGAGAUGCUACAUCCAGUGGUGAAAAUAAAAUUCAAGGGCAAGGAUCAAAUAUUGCAGACUCAACGAUGAAUCUGCAAAUGCUACAGAAAACCAAUAUUCAGAAAAUUUUGCAGAUUCUGAAGGAUUUGCAGCCUGGUGUGUCUUCUGCCACAAAACCAGAUUCUCAAUCACCUUUCAUUCCCAAAAUGCCACAUGUCUCGGAUGUUGUUCUACCUUCAACAGUUGUAUCCAAGAACCCUGCAUCCAGCGUUUCUCAGUCUCAGCCAAUCAUUAAAACAAAUAACAAUGCUCAUGUGCCAUCUUCUAAACCUCGACCUCCAGCCAAGACUGGGUCCUCUGAGGAUCUGCCAUCCCUUGGUGUGAGGCGUGAUUAUGCAGCAGUAAUGCCAGGAAGAUUUCCACACAUCUGCUCUUUAUGUAACAAAGAAUGUCCUCAACUAAAGGAUUGGGUUUCCCACCAGACAAGCAACCAACACCAUGCGAACUGCAACCGCCUUCGCAACCAAUACCCUCAUUGGGAUGAGGAAGUGCAAAGGGAUGCAAUUAAAAGUUCUAAGACUUUAACCCGAGCCUCCCUACAUCAUCGUUCCCGCUCAAACAGCGGUACUUGUUCCAGCUCAGGAGAUGGACGAGACAAAUCCAUCAGCCGUUCACAUUCCCGCUCAUACAGUCCACGUCGUCGGAGGAGCUCAAGAGACGGAAAGCACAAAUACAGCAGUAGAUCAGGACAUGGCAAAAACAGAUCCAGUAAUGGCUCCAGUUCCCGUUCACACAGCCCCAUUCGCCACGGCUCAAGAGAUAGAAAAAACCACUCCAACGGUACUUCCUCCCAACACAGGCUGCAAUACCGCACCUCAAGGUCGAGGUCUCGCUCUUGCUCCCCACGUUAUAAUCGUUCUGGUUAUCGAUCACGUUCAAGAAGCUAUGAGAAACGGUCCUCACCAAAGAGAAUGAAUAAGAAAUCAGUUUCACCAAGAAGGACCCACGAACGACGGUUGUCUCGAGGAAGAAGUUGUGAGCGAAGAUUGUCACCAAGAAGUGAUCGGAAAGAAGGGUCAAAGAGAUUCUUUGAGCGCCAGUCCUCCCCAAGAAUAUCUGAUUAUAAACGAUUGUCACCGAGGAGUGGAUGUAUGAGACAGAUGUCCCCAAAAAGAACGGAUAAACGAUGGUCCCCAACAAGCAAUGGUGAGCACCUCUCACCCAGAAGAAGUGGCAACAGAAGACGGUCACCAGUGAUGAGCCAUGACCAACACUCCUCUAGGUCAAAUGACAGACUGUGGUCACCACAAAGAAGGACAGAUGUUAGUACUUAUGACAAGCACCGGUCUCCGCCAAGAAGGUCCGACGACAAGCACCGGUCUCCGCCAAGAAGGUCCGACGACAAGCACCGGUCUCCGCCAAGAAGGUCCGACGACAAGCACCGGUCUCCGCCAAGAAGGUCCGACGACAAGCACCGGUCUCCGCCAAGAAGGUCAGACGACAAGCACCGGUCUCCGCCAAGAAGGUCAGACGACAAAUAUUGGUCACCGCCAAAGUACCAUGAUCGACAGUCAUCCCCAAGAAGGAAUGAUGAUAAAAGACGGUCACCAACAAGAAAACGUGAAUCAUUCCUUGAAAGAGAUGAGCAACAAUUCCUGUCGAAGCAGAGUGAUGAGGAAGCGUCAAGUGUUAGGAGAAACCGCAAGAGACAUGCGACUCCAGAAGAAGAGCCAUCCUGUCAGAAAAAGAAGUCCAGCAGUGUACGGAUGCUGACAAAGCGGCUGCUGGAAAAUUCAGCUUUCGAGUCUGCCUCAGGACAGUCCAACAUCAAAGAUGUCGUAGAUUUAGUGGUUCCUGUUUUACUGGCUGAACUUGCAAAGAAUCAGGAUUCCUCACAGUCAUCAUUAGGAUUACCCUCACAGGACAAAAGGAGAAAGGUCUUAACACAUUCAUCAAGUGGAAGACAGUUAUCACCAUCUUCUUCAAAAAUACUGUCCAAACUCAAGCAGAAACAUGCAAGAUCUUCUAAAAAGACCAAGGACAAGAGGGCCCUCUCCGUUUCCUCACAACAUAGAAGAAAACAUCAUAAACUAAGAUCUGAGGAUUCCAAGAAACUGGGUUCAUCUGAGAGCUUGGACCAUCUUCCGAUAAAAACGCUUUUGUCUUUGCAUCAGAAACUUGUGAAAAAAGCGAAACGCUUAUCUUCCAAAGGAACACACGUCUCCAAAUCCAAAACUUGCUCGCAAAAAACACAGGCUUUGAAGUCGGUUGUAUCGGUAAAAGAGCCGUUGAAACAAUUAGUUUCCUUGAGGUUCAGAAGUCUGGAAACAAGCCCUGAUUUUGGCCUCUCAAAUCAAAGAACUGGACCUAUAGUUUUCAGAAAAGAUCAAGAUUUUGAAGCUGCAGUUAAAGAAACGACUAGAGUUAAAGGGACAAGGAGGAUUAUUAUUCCUGAACCAAAUGAAGAAAAGAAAACUGUCACCAAAGUAAAGCUUGAUUCUUCAAAAACAUUUGCAAGUAAACCGCUGGAUAAAACUGCUGAAUGUGCUGGAGUAGCUAAACUAAUAAAAGUUGAAGAUUCUUUGGGAAAUAAACAACAAACUGCAGAUUCUUCACAGCUUCAACUGGUUAGUAAAAUGGUGACCGCACCAAGUCCACUUCAGGCUCAGGAGACAAUCAUCAAAACUCAAGAAACCUCGGGCAAAACUUUGCCAAAAGUCCAACAAAAAAUGGAUCCAGAAUCCAAGAAGUCCAAAAGCCUUGGAAAGAGUCCUGAUUCAGGUGACACAAGAGACAAACCAGGAGCCAAUGUUUUCAAAGAAGGCAGAGAGACUCAAGUUGCAGUGAAAGACACAACCAAGGUUGGGAAAAUAUUAAAGAAGUCUGUCGCUGAAGCAAAGGAAAUGGUCACAAAAGUAAAGGUCAAUGCUUCAAAAACCUCUUCAGAUACACUUCUGGGUAGAAAUACUAAAUGUCCUGGAAUCGCUAAGCUAACAAAAGUUGAAGAGUCUCUCGGAGAUGAACGGAAAACUUCAAAUGUUUCGCGUCCAGAACCGAAACAGAUUAAGCCGCUGAUUGGUAAAGUGGUGACCAGACCACAUCCACUUCGGGCUCAGGAGACGAUCGUCAAAACUCAAGAAACCUCGGACAAAACUUUGCCAAAAGUCCGACCAAGAAUGGAUCCAGAUUCCAAGAAGUCCAAAAGCCUCAGAAAGAAUCAUGAUUCAGGAGGCACAAGAAACAAACCAGCAACUAAAGUUUUUAAAAAAGGCAAAGACUCUCAAGUUGCAGUUAAAGACAGAACCAAGACUGCAAAAAUGCUAAAGAAGACUGUUGCUAAAGCAAUGAAAGGGAAGAAAAUGGUUGCAAAAGUGAAGGUCAAGGUUCCAAAAACAUCUACAAAUAAAAAGUUGGAUGAAAUCACCAGAUGUCUCCCAGAAGGUAAAGUGGGAAAACUUUCAGGAACGGCCUUUGGAAACUUUAGUAAAUGUGAUCAAGCAAACGUCAAAGAAUCCGAACCCUCCCUUUUUGUGUCAGUUAUUACAUCCACAAUACCAAUGGCGGAAAACAGUCCAGGUGAUUGUCAGAUUUCAAAUCCCGAGAUUUCUAAAGCAAAGACCUCACAAUUUAACUCCAAUGAAAGACGGUUACAAAUCAGCCAAGAAAAAGAAGAAACUUCAUCUGAGGGCAUAAACGUCUCAUCCAAGCUGACGAUGUCAGAAGAUCUCUCUGCAGUUUGUCAAACCCCAAAAACAGACAGUUCUGGAAUAAAGGUUUACAAAGCUGCCUUCCUCUUAAAAGACACUGCUUGCCUUGUGAAGGCAAAUGUUUCAACAACUGAAAUAAGCAAACAAACAGAAGUUAUUAUAGAAGGUAAUGCGAUGAAAAGAAAAAUUGAUUUUCUUGAGACCAACGAAGAUGAAGUGACCGCUAGAAAAGCCUCCCCAGCUAAACCUGAACAUCCUCAACCAGGCAGUGGAGUUAUCACCAGUCCAGAGAAACCUGCUGAUCCAAUGCUGAGUCAACAGACAACGAUGACAACUCAAGAAACUCCAGACCUGGCAGCGCUAAACCUGAAGACCAAUGGCAAACAGCUGGAGGUCCAACCGCGGUCUGCAGGAAGCUCUGCUGAGACACUUCUGGAUGCAUCGCAAAAAACUGAAGGGGACCACAAAAAUAACCAAAAAGUUGAUGUUCUGGCCCAGAAGAACCCGGCCGCCUGUUUUCCAAACGCAGCAGCUGCUGCUCUGAACCGCGUUGAGUCCUCAGUGACGGUUGGAGAGAGGAUUGGGUUUUACCUGAAGCUACACAAUUUCAAGUGUUUCCCUGCAGGAAUCAUCCUGUCGUCCAAACCUUACGCUCUCAACUCAACACUACUGUUGAUAACGAACCUUCCUGUGGACUAUAGCGGCUCCUACACUGAGGAGGAAGUUGUGAACGUUCUCUGUAAAUUUGAAUUUCAAUACGCACACGACAACAUCUACGUUAUCCCUCAGACUGGCAUGGCUUUUGUGCUCAUGCCAAAUGUGCGGUCAGUAAUUGGCCUCGUCUACACAGCGGUGCACGGCCAUCUCUCUUUCAGAUCGAAGAAGCUCUUCUUGCACAUCGUGGAAACAGACAUGUUAAUGACACCACUUGGGUUUUAUAAAUCUCUCAUCGGAAUAACGCCUCUAAACAUGAGAGACGAUGGAACCAGUAUAAUCUACAUCCAGAACAUUUCACCAAGCGACAUCGCUGAUCUCAGGAAAGCUUUGAGAAAAAUUGGUCAUGUGAGAAACUUCCUGCCUCUGCUUAACAAGGUUUUUGUUGAAUUCGAGACGGUUUACGAUGCAGAUCGCCUCGGCGUUUGGUGCAGCCUGAUGAGACUGGGUUUCGUCCACACAGUCAACAGGUUGAAAAUACCAAGAAGCCUCAAGAAAUCUCAACUACCAAAGCUGCCACUGAAAGCUCUGCCAGACGGUGAGAAGAUCUUACCUGAUGCAGGAAUCCCAGAUGUGAAAUCUGGCGUUCCUCAGGGCACCACGGCGCCGUGUUGGGUCACCAUGAUGACGCCGCCCUACGUCUUCCCAACUGUGUGUCCCUGGUUUAACAUCCCCAGUUUUCUGACGGUCCAAGGAGAAGAGGACAUUUUGACGACUCCCCACAGAGGCUCUGAGUUCUUCACCGUCAUGCUGACGGGUUUACCAGAAGGAAAAUACAAACAUGAGGAUGUAGCGAAGCUGGUGUGGCGUUAUUUCCCCAAACAGAACCUGCAGACUCUCUACUACAACAUCUUGGUGCUGCCGCUGCAGAGGAGGGCCUUUGUGUUCUUCUGCGACUGGGAGGCAUGCUGCAGUUUCGUCUCAGAUUGUGUGAAAAAGCCGGUUUCUGUCAGAAACUGCACUCUCAGCGUCCACUUGGUGCUGGAGGACAUGUAUCCUGGAUCCAGUGAGGGAACAAUGUACAGGACUCUGAUGAAAUGGACGAGUGGUUACGUUCCAGAGCUUUUCUCCCUGGAGAAGCGUCUGGUCAGCGUGGAGAUCUAUGAAGCGAACAUGAAUCUCAUCGAGAGCAUCAUUAAGGAAGUCGCUGCCAUCGGCAGUUUUAUCAGCUUCGUGCCGCUCACCAACAGGAUUUGCAUUGAAAUGGUUUCUCCCAGUUGUGCUACAAAGGUCCUGCAGGAGAUGCCCUUGAGGAAAGUUUUGUCUGCGUAUCUCUGGGGAAAGAUUGGACGUGUUGAGUGUGUGAAGGAUCUGAAUCAGCGUCUGGAAGAGGCCAGUCAGACCAAGAUAAACCUGGAGGCGGAGACGUCAGCAGUCGGUGGUCAGACUUCGGCCUUGAAAACUCUGGUGGAUUUUCCAAUCUCUGAGCCUCAAGGCGAUGAUGCUGCAGGAGUUAAUUCUGCCGCACCGCCGACUUUAAUCGAAUCAACGGUUUCUACAUCCGAAUCAAAGCUGGAGGUAAAAGUAUCUCCUGAUGUCGUCCUGGACUCCAAAGCCGAAGCAAAUUCAAGAGAAGAAGAACGUCAACCCUGCAGGGAGAUUUCAUCUGCAGCAGACAACUCUGUCGCCUGGACACCGCAUCCCGAUGAGAAGAUCCAAACGGAUCCACCUUCUAGCGGCGUCAGCAUCGUUCCAGACGAGUCCACUGAAACGUCUCCAUCCGUCCAGACGGAGGCAGCAGCCGAGGAAAUGGACGAAGAGCAACCAGCUGGCGCAGAUUCCUGCCUCACUGCCGGGGAGAGGAUAGGAAAUUUACUGCAGCCAGAAAAAAUUUGUUGUCUUGGUCAUAGCAUCAUCAUGUCCCCAAAACCUUUUUCCCUUCAGUCGAGGCUUUUGUUAGUAACCAACCUGCCUCGUUAUCGGGACGGCUGCUACUCUGAGAGUGACGUCAGCAAUCUGCUGCGCAGAUUUGGGUUUCAGUACGAGGACACAAACAUCUUUGUGGUUCCGCAGGCCUGCAUGGCGUUUGUCCUCAUGGAAAGUUACCAGAAGGCACAGGACGUUUUCAAAGCUGCGAAAGAUUGUUUGACUCUGAAUGGAUGUAAACUCUCUGUUGAGAUAAUCAGCAGUGGGGUCGUCAUGACAACGUUUGGAUUUUAUAAAUCUCUCAUGGAAAUGAUCGAUUUUCCGGUCACCGACGACGGAACCAGAACCGUUUACAUCCAGAACGUCUCACCAAGCGAAGCCCGGGAUCUCAGGGAAACUCUGAGGAAAAUGGGCUCUGUUAAAAACUUCCUUCCUCUUCUCAACAAGGUGUUUAUCGAGUUUGAGUCUGCUGCUGAUGCUGAUCAGAUUGGAGUUUGGUACAGCCUCCAGAGACGCUGCCCUCCUCAUAAUGUCUCCAGGAUAAAAGAUCCCCAGACCAACGUCACAUCAUUGACACCACACCUGGUAGCGACAGCAGCGCCAGAAAGCAAAGAUGUCGUCGCCGGGCCGAUCGUCCCACCGAUGAAUACCAGCAUCCCAGAGGGCAGCUGGGCACCAUUUUCAGUCGCCAUGACAACUGCUCCCUUCCUCUUCCCAACAGUGUCGCCUUGGUUCAUCAUUCCAAAAUUUAGGACGGUUGAUGGAGAGGAGGACUUGUUGGCAUCCGUCUCUGUGGCCUCUAAGUUUUCUACCGUUAUGUUGACGGGUUUACCCGAAGGAAACUACAAACACGAGGACGUCGCCAGGCUGGUGUGGAAAAAUUUCACCAAGCAGAAUCUUCAGACUCUGUUCUACAGCAUUGUGGUGCUGCCGCUGCAAAAAAGGGCUUUUGUGUAUUUCAACGACUGGAGAUCAUGCAACAACUUUGUUCAAGAUUUCCUCAAGAAGGGGGUUUCCUUUACAAGCCACCAGCUGCACAUCCACCUGGUCUUAGAGGAUAUGAAUCCUGGAUCCAGUGAGGACAUGGUGUACCAAACGCUAAUGAAAUGGAGCAACGCUCACGUUCCUGAACUCGAAUCUCUGGAUGAGCGGCUGGUGUGUGUGUCGCUCUCUGAAACCUCCCUGAACCUCAUCAUGGCGACUAUAAAAUUAGUAACAAACAUCUCUCCAGUUGUUAGCUUCCUGCCGCUAGCCAACAGGUUGUGCAUCGAGAUGGCUGAAUCCAGAGGAGUAGAUCAGGUGGUGGAGAGGUUUGCAUGUGCGCCAGAAGACUGGAAUAGUCAAGUCCAGAGUGUUGAAUCUGUGAAGAGCCUAAAACUGCGUCUCAGAGACUCGGGCGAAACAAUAAUAGAUCUUGAACGCAACACUGAAGACAUCAAUGACAAGACGUCUGCCACAAAAAAUGAACCGCAACCUCCUUCAUCUGAUACUCCCGUUAAAACAAAACCUCCCGUCCAAGAAGCCACACAUCUUCCAAACAACGCUCCGUCUACAGAGGAAAUGCCUGCUAAAGGAUCUGGGACAAAGAUAGAAAUUGGUGGGACAGAAAAUGAAAAUGUGCGGUCCAGAGUUACAGAAAAACAGUUUGACGUUUGUGGAAAAGUUGAAGAAUCUGCAGUGGUGCCUAGAAACAAAACUGAGACCGAGAAGAAGAAGCAACAAGCAAAAAUUGUUGAGGUUAAAGAGGAUAAGAGUGAAAAUGUUGCUAAAUCCAAAGUUGGAAAGACGGAAGAUGAAAAAUCUUCACCUGCUAAACCAACAAAGACUCUGAUAUCAACCCCCGUGGCAGAGACUCAGCCAUCUACACCUUUAAAUAAUCCUCAUCUGAGCCCACAAACCAGCUUACAAACCUCAGUGAAGGCGCCAUCACAGCUCCAGAAAUACAUAAACCCAAAACCAGCGUCUUCUGCUGAAAACCCGAAGACCAAAACGAACAUUUCAGGAAACUCAGCCGCUGUGAAGAAUCCCGCAUCUAAAGCUUCAGCAGCCUCAGCUGAAAUCAUCCCAAACACAAAAUCCUCGACAACGGCAACAAAAUCGGAGCCGCUUGCAGCAACAACGUCAACCGAGGCAUUUCCUUUGACCCCUGGAGAGAAGCUGCACCAUUUCCUGACACCAUUUAAACUCUGUCAGCUUGACAUAAACACCAUCUUGUCACCAGUGAUUUUCUCUCUCCACAUCACCUUGGUUGUCACCAACCUGCCCAGAUGGUUCGACGGCUCCUACACAGAAACCGAAAUCAUCAACGUUCUUCAGAAGUGUCGAGUUCAGUGUGACGAAAAUGAAAUCUUUAUCGUUCCCCAGUCGCAAAUGGCUUUUCUCAUCAUGCCGAAAGCGGCGGAGGUGCAGCAUUUGUUCAGAGUGACACCGUGGAGGGAACUUUUCUUCAAAGGACGAAAUCUUGGAUUUCAUGUUGUCACCAGCUCUGCACCAAUGACUUUGUUUCGGUUUUAUAGAUAUUUGAUGUCUUUUACUGAUUUUCCGACAUUUCAGAUGAAAUUGGGAACAAAAAACGUGCUUUACUUCCCCAACAUUUCAGCAAGUGAAGCCAGAGACCUGAGGGAAGCGCUGAGGAAAAUCAGCAGCUUUAUAAACUACCUGCCUCUGCUCAACAGGGUUUUUGUUCAUUGUGAAACUCCGGAGGAUGCCGAUCGACUCGAAGCUUGGUACAGCUACUGGAGAUGGAGCCGAUCCCACGACGCUCAGCAGACGGCGCUAAGCGUAUCAGCACAUGGUCUGCAAAUCUGGGAGAAUAUCUCGGUUGAAACCAGCGUCCCACAAACGGCAGGCGCCAUUCCAGAGGGAACCAAGGCGCCUUUUUGGAUGAGCGUGACGAAAGGUCCUUAUGUAGUUCACACUGCAUCUCCUUUCUUCAAAGUCCCAGCUUUUCGGACAGUCGACAGGAAUACCUGUGCCAGGAUUUCUGAGCGAGAUUUGAAGUUUGCAGCCAUCAUGUUGACUGGUUUACCAAACAGAAGCUACACACACGAGGAAGUGGCUAUGCUCGUGUGGAGGCAUUUUCCCGAACAGAACCUUCACACGCUGUACAACAAUGUUGUGGUUUUACCACUGCAGAGGAGGGCUUUUGUGAUUUUCAGCAGCAGUAGUGCUUGCAUAAGAUUUCUUAGAGAUCGAAACAGGAAACGAGUUUACUUCAAAGGCUUCAUUCCAAACAUCCAUUUGCUGUUGGAGGAUCUCAGCCUUGGGUCCAGUGAGGAAUCCAUGUUCAGAUCUCUGAUGAAAUGGAGCAAUAUUCAUGUUCCAGACCUGACGUCUUUGGGGGAGCGGCUGCUUGUUGUGGAGGCUUCAGGGACAAACGAGCAUAUCACGAUGAUGGUUAUGAAAGAAGUAGCAAGCAUCGCUACUUUCGCUAGCUUCCUGCCGCUAGCCAACAGGAUUUACAUCGAGAUGGCCGAGUCCAGCGGAGUCAGAAAAGUGGUGGAAAAGUUGUCUGUUCGCAAAUUAUCUCAACAGCAUGAAGCUUGGAAUCUGGUUGGACGUGUUGAAAGUUUGUUGAGCCGAAAAGAGCGACUGAAGGACUGUGAAAAAAUUGCAGUGAACCUUGAACUCGGCACCAUGAGUGUCAAACCUGAGGCUGCACCACUGAAGGCGAUGGACAAGAGAUCUGCAACAUGCAAUCCUCUGCCAGACAGAAGUCUGACCACAUCUCAUAAAGCAGCAGGAUUCCUUCAGAUUUCCAAUGGAAGCUGCAGCAGCUUUAAAAGUCCUUCUUCCUCCAAGCCAACCACCAAAGAAAUGAAGAUCUCGUAUUCAUCAUCUGCAACUAGAGAUAUCCCAAAGUCUAAUAAAGACUGCAAGAGCUCUGCUCUUUGUCAGUAA